ACGUCGACUGAUUUACGUUGCAAGGAUGUAACUGUAAUAGCGUUCAUCAUUUAUCCAGCAGCAGCUAACUCAUUCAAUGUGGAUUCACUUCGUGGACAAGCCGUUUGUAAACAACUCAAGGAUACCAUAGCGAAAAUAAAGGAUAACAUAGCAAAUCGCAUGUUCGAGGAGUCAGUGCGCGGCAGAGUUCCGGAUCCGGAAGAUUUGUUAUUGUCGGCUGAAAAAGUUCAACUCAAACGUUGCAUUUUAGCGGCGAAGCGGGACACAUAUCCGCCGAUUUGCACUCAUAAUAUGUUGGACGACGCUAACGAUCCAGUACUGCUAGCAUUACGUCGUGUAAAGCUGUUCAAUCAUCAUCAUGAUCGAGUGAAGGUCGUUUUCCAUCCAGAAUUCCUUUCCUCAGUUUCGCCAUUAAUUGGUCUUGACUACGAGGAUUUUGUCCGUGGAUGUCAUCUUGGUGUCUUUCCAAGCUAUUACGAGCCAUGGGGUUAUACGCCAGCUGAAUGCACAGUGAUGGGAGUGCCAUCCGUCACUACGAAUCUCAGUGGUUUCGGAUGUUUCAUCAAUGAACAUGUGACGGAUGCUAAAACUUAUGGUAUUUAUGUCGUAGAUCGCCGCUUCAAGGGCGCGAAUGACUCAAUCAAUGAACUUGUCGAUGACUUAUAUGAGUUUACGGUAACGUUAUCCUUUUUCAUAUGCUUGUCGCGUCGUCAACGCAUAAUUGUACGUAACCGAACGGAGCGGCUUAGCGAACUACUUGAUUGGAAAACUCUUUCAGUGUUUUAUCGAGACGCAAGGCGAAUGGCACUACAAAAAACGCAUCCGGACCUUGAGGUAACACAAUUUGAACCAUAUUCUCAGCAUGAACUUUCAUAA